AGUGGGUGAAGAUAAGCUCCCGUAUGGAGGAUGAGGGUAUCGAGCCAAAAUUUGAUGAUAUCCUGAAACUAGUAAAAGAUAGUGUCAAUCUAUCUAUGAGCAAGUUUGCCAGUAUAUUGAACCUCACCCCUAGAAUAGAGCAGUCUGAGGGUAAAAUGCAAUCAUUGAUGACGAAAGGGCCUAAGAGAGGUGGAUAUCGAGAAGGCUCCAUGAUGUAUAGUAAUGCAUAAGGACCUAGUGACUGUAACAGGUUUCGUAGUACAUCCUCAACAGAUAAGUUACAAGAUGCAAGACAAACACGGUUGUGUUUUACACGUUUGCAAGAGGUGCAUACAAAGGUGAACUGUGAACCAGUAAGCAAGUUCAGUGAUAAGCUAAAUGUAAACUCCAGGCCUGACUCCGAAUUGUGUGACAAUAACGAUGCGGUCAAGAAAACUGUAGUUGCAACUGGUAAGCCAUUGUUUAAUAGAGUGUCACAGAAGAGAGUUGCUGCUUCAGAGUGCAGUUCUGACUCCACAAGUUAACAAGGUAUUACUAGUCAGAGUGAAGUUAUAAAACCUUUUAGGAUUUGCGAGGAGGAACCAAAAUUGUCUACUUCUGUUAUUAAAGAGUUUGAAAAUGAUGAAGUCGACCAGAUAGAUGAUGGUAAGUCGAAUAUUUGUGAUAAUGAUCAUGAUAGUGCAGAUUUGUCUUUGGUCGAUCAUGAUGAAAUGGGGGAAAUGCCUACUACUACUGCUAAGUUGAGUAAAGUUUCUGCACAACUACAACGUGAAGUAGAAAUAAAUGCAGUUGCAGUUGCAGAAGGCAUGCAUACUUGUCAGACCGUCAGUGUGAUUUAUCAGCAUGUAGCCCACCUAUCAUCAGAUGCUAUUGCUAACCCUGAGCUGAUAGUAAAAGACAGCAGUGGUGGUGGUCUUGCAGUUAGACAACUAUCUGAAAGCCGAGCAACAACAGCUUUUGAUCCACCGCUAACUUCAUCAACUGGUAUCAAUCAGUCGUCGUUGGUGCUGUCAUCCUCAAUGAAACAGACGCCCAUCAACUCAAGUAUCUUGUACAAUGACUUUGAUAGUAUUGAUGCAUUUGAAAAAACCAAAGAUAUUGCUCAGUUUAGUGAGGAUAAGACAAGUGUAAACGAAAGAGUAAUUGUUAAAUUGACUUGCAUGAAUAAAGGCAUUUCUAGUUUCAAGUUACUAUUUGAAUGUCAUUAUCUUUGGUGUAAAUUACUCUGUGCCUACGCUUGGUUGACCAGAUACUUCGUGUGUUUGUUCGUCAUCUAUAUUCUACGAUACAAUGACAUGAGCGUGUUACCGUUCAGAUUUGAGGAUAUAGCUGAUAGAAGGAAGUCAGCAAAUGAACUCUGCAACGAUUUUCCAACCUAGAGCGUCAACCUGAGAGGGCUUGUAGGCGUACUGCUGUAAGUCCUACAAUUCUUCAAAGGGCAGCGCAUCAAUGAGCAGUCCAAUCUGCUCGGUGUGUGAUUUUGUACAAAUUUUUUGAGUAUUGGUUUGUUGUAGGGAUUUUGUUUGAUUGCAUGGAGGAUUUAAUCAUGAGCUGACAUGAGUUAGAGAACCACUGGAAAACCUGGGAGUACUGGACAGCUGUUUCGUCCUAGUUUGGGACUCCUCAGCAGUAC